AGAGAAAAUGGACGUGUCUUCAGCCACUUCCGAAUUCGAGCGUCGACUAAUAUCCGGCCACGUUAAAAUAGAUUAUUUGAAGUAAAUUUUAGUCUGUGGCUUGACUUUACCUUAAAACUGAUAUAAUUAAAUGAAACAAUUGUAGUUUUAAGUUAUAAUUGUGUGUGUAAAUGUGCGUUUAAUAUUAAUUGGAUUUAAUAAAUGAAACGGAGAAUGGAUUACUGGUCAACAUGGAUGCUUAUUGUUACAAUGUUAUUUCACACUAUUUUACUUACGGGUGGUGUCGAAUUAAGCUUCGAAUUGCCUGAUAAUGCUAAGGAAUGCUUUUAUCAAGAAAUCGAAAAGAAUGUUACGUCUACCAUUGAAUUUCAGGUGGUAACUGGAGGUCAAUAUGAUGUUGAUGUUACAUUGGAAGCUCCGAAUAAAGAAAUUAUUUAUAAGCAAGUGAAAACGCAGUUUGACUCUCAUGUUUUUACGCCGACUAUAUCAGGGGUAUAUAAAGUAUGCUUCAGCAAUGAGUUUUCUACGUUCUCUCACAAGCUUGUAUAUAUGGAUUUUCAAGUCGGCCAGGAAGAUCAACUUCCUGGUCUUGAAGACCAUGUCACCGUUAUGACACAAAUGGAAUCAUCUGCGCAAGCUGUGCACGAAAGUUUAAAUAGUAUUCUCGAUUAUCAAACACAUCAUCGAUUGAGAGAAGCUCAGGGUCGCAAACGAGCAGAAGAUUUGAAUGAACGGGUCUUAUGGUGGUCUGUGAUGGAGACUAUUGCAAUUGUUGUUAUCUCUGUAGGACAAGUGUUCAUUCUCAAGAACUUCUUCACGGAAAGGAGACCUUACCAAAGGCUUUAGCAUAAUGUAAGAAAUUUUGGUUACUUGUGGCUGAAAUAAAAAAAAAAGGCAACAUAUCCAUCUAAAUAAUCUGGUCAGUGGUGAUACACAUACGCAAUUGAGAACUUUUGGAUGUUGUCUAAUGGUUAUUAGUGGAAUACAGAUAUUGCGUUAUGUAUGUCUUUUCUAUGUCUAUGCCUAAGUUAAGAACUUGAGGCAAGACUAAGAAAAGAAUGCAGCGCAUUAAAGAUAUAUGUUUCUUUUUUUUUUGUUUUUGUUUUUUUUUUGUAUAUUUUGAAGGAAGUCUGCGCUACGAGAGAAUCGUGUUUCCUCUCGGCAUAUUAAUUUAUAAAAUAAUGGAACAUUCUCUCGCGAGUGUUGUUAGAACUACGAGCUAUCAAUGAAAAAGGUGCAAGUGUUUGCGAUGCCAUACAUUUAAGCACUUUAAACUCCUAAGUUGUAGAGUUAUACUAACAUAAGCGGUACAAGAGACACUGACGCACUCUGUCAAGUUUUUCUUACUGUGAAUGUGUAAAAUAAUAAAUUACAAUGUUUGGGCGUGAA